AUGAGGUCCAGUGAGAGAAACAGUAGUACUAGUAGUAAUGUCGGGUCACCCAUCAAGAGAUUCUUCCUUUCCUCGUCUAGUAAAAAGAAAUCAGGAUUGAAGAAGAAGACAUCCCGACCGACAAAACUAACUCUUUCAAGUAAUAAAAGUCAAAAAAAUAUAGGUGAAUUUUUCUCAGGUAGAUCAAGUACAACACCAAUUACAAGCAACAACAGUAAGACAACCCCCAGACUUAGGAAAUGUUUAUUUAAUAAUGACUCCUCUAUUAAAAGCAAAACCCAUUCUAAAAACACGUCCAUACUGGAUGAGACAUCAUCUUCAUCAUUCACUUACUCUUCAAACUUUCAGAGGUUUGUUGAUGUAGAUAUAUUAGGGCAAAGUAGCAAGCUAGAUCUUCAUGCUAAUUUAGAAAUAGUUGAAUCAGUUGAUGCUCAGCCAUCUACAACAAAAUCAGAAAAUGAAAAUGAGUCAGAAAAAGAAAACAGCCCAAAGAUACAUAAAUCACAUUCUACAGCAAAAUUAAGUGACAUAGAAAAAGAGCAACAGCAUCCAAAGGCACUGAUUAAACUCCAUACUGCAGUUGUUAGGGAAGUUGAUGGCUGCUUGGAAUCAGUUAGGGAAAAUUUUUCAAGGCCUGAUGGAUUUUAUAGGUUUGUUGAAGGGGAUGCAGAUGAAAGGAAAGAGAAAGUUGAAUAUGAUCUAGAUGAUGAGGACACAUGCUGGCUUAAUCUAGUGCGCAACACGAAGAUUAAUGGUAUAAAGAACCUGAAUGAAGAUAACUUUGAGAUGUGCAUGGAUAGGCUGGAGAAGAUGGCAGCACAUUUACAACUGAACUCUCUAAAAACUAAUUCUGGUCAGAUCAAGUCCAAACAUAGUGAACAGUUAGAUGAUGAUGACAUCUUCUGUUCCAUAUGUUUGGAUGAUGAAUGUCAGAACAGCAACGUGAUAUUAUUGUGUGACUCGUGCAACCUGGCUGUUCACCAGGAGUGCUAUGGAGUGCCUCUUGUUCCAGAAGGUCAGUGGUUGUGUUCCUGGUGCCAAUGGGAAGGUUCCAACAGAGGCAAAUCAACUCCUAGGAAAUCUCGAUGUAAAAGUAGUAAGAAUGUGAAGUUCAUCACCGGCGGUGACAAUGAUGACGACAGCGUUGCAGUUAGUGAUGGCAAUGAUGGGACAUGCUGCUUGUGUCCUGUUGUUGGUGGAGCUCUGAAGAAAACAGACAAUGGGAAGUGGGCACAUGUGCUGUGUGCACUGUGGAUCCCAGAAGUUGGAUUUGGCAGUGUGGAGUACCUGGAGCCGAUCACAAAGUUAAGUGAGGUACCGACAGCCAGGCACAAACUUACUUGUUCAGUCUGCAAGAAAAAGGACGUUGGAGCCUGCAUUCAGUGCAUGAGGAAAAAUUGUUACACUGCCUUCCACAUCAUGUGCGCUCAAAAGGUUGGAACAUACAUGCGGAUAGAGCAAGGAGUGGAAGAUGAUGAUGCUGACUCACCAACGAACAUCAAAAAAUCAUUCCUCUGUGAUAUCCACAAACCUGAAGGUGCUAAACCAUUUUUGCCUAUGUACGAGAAUGAAGAUGACGACGACGACGAUGACGUUAGCAUGGAGGAAAGUGUUGAUGCAUCAUGUCGAUCGAAGAGGCAGCAAUCUAAGAUUGUUCCUAAAAGCAAGUCACAGUGCCAGUUGAGUAACAAGAAAUCAGCAAAUAGUCAGGGUUCAACUAAAAGUAAAUUAAAUUCAAAAGCAGGACUGAACAAAUCAAAGUCGACAUCAGCUCUUGUAACUUCCACGGUGGUCCUUGAUCUCCCUACUCUAUCACCCAACAAGUUGAAAGAAAUAACUAAAGAAUGUUUGCUCACAACAACAACAACACCACCACCAUCGUCGUCGUACUCAUCCUCGUCGUUGUCGUCACUGCAUGACGUCAUGGAGGCAGUCUACAAUUAUUGGCUGCUGAAGAGAAAGUCAAGAAAUAAUAUUCCACUGUUGAAGACGUACUACACACAUCUCAUGUCCAACCAUAUGCCCAGUAAGAUGGGCAGUACUGAUGACACAAAAUCAGCCUACGAUGGACUGAAGGAUGCCAAAAAGCUGAGAAAUGAGAUGGAGAAGGUCCGCCUACUGAUGGAGCUGGUCAGGAAAAGGGAAAAAUUGAAGUUGACAAUGGUAAAGUUGAAGGAGCAGACGAUAAACAUGAAGUUAAAUCCGUGGAAUGCGUACCUCUGUAAGAUACUGGACAGACUGCAGACUAUUGACAAGUGCCAUGUCUUUGCUCAUCCAGUCGCUGUCGACCAGGUACCAGGAUACAAGCAGAAAAUCAAGGAACCAAUGGAUUUCUCGACGAUGCGUUCGAAGGUUCUCACCUACAAAUAUGAAACAUUUGAAGCUUUUGUUAGGGACUUUGAUCUGAUGGUCAACAACUGCUUGCUCUUCAACUCCAAGCACACUGUCUACCACAAGUCUGCUGUCAGAAUGAAGAAACAGUCUCAGCACGUACUGGAAGAGGAAAAGCUGAGGUUACAAAGAUUCCCUAGAGAAUCCCUGCCUGCAUCACUUGCCAAUGAGGAGAUGGGAAUUCCCAACUUUGUCACUGCACACGACGACUCUGAUGAUAAAAACAACAAUGAUGAUGAUGUUGUGUUUAAACCUAGUGAUAACGAAAGCAAGGAUAAUGUGGUGAAAAUUUGUGAUGAUAAGAACGACGAUGAGGAAAAUGAUGAAACCGAAAUAUCGGAUAACAGCAAGGUGGUGGAUCGUAGCAGGCGCAACAUCAUCUACAGCAAUGAACCCAUCGACGUCGAUAAUGAUAAUGAAAAUGACGAUGACGACAAUGAGGAUGACGACCAUAACAUCACACUUCAGAAGACUUGUGAGAAAAUUCAGACUGGCAUCUGCAGGCUGAGUGACUGGGUGAAAAAGCAGAGUAGGAGAGGUACCAAGGUGGAAUCAACAAACGAGAAUGGCGAUGAUGUAAAGGCUGGGACUUGUACUGAUAAAGUUGGCGUCACUGAUAUCUAUCAGAAUCAUGCAGACGCUGUGGUUAACGAUGCUUCACAUGGUAAUAGUGGUGGUCAUGAGAAUGACGAUUCAGAUGACGAUAGUUUGAGAGAUAGUACAAUUUGUUAUGCUAAUGAUAAAAACGGUAAUGCCGAUGUCACAUGCAAUAAUGAUGAUGAUGGUGGUGGUGAAAUGAUAAUGGAUGAAAAUGUAAACGUCUGUCAUACAAGUGCCAGCGACAGUUCUAAUAAGGACGGUGAUAAUAUUGCAAAGAAAAAUGCAACUGCCGAUGACGAUGGUGAUGAUGAUGACGACGACGAUGAUUGUGGGAUCAUCAUUGAAACAAUUGAUCUUGUUCGUGAGAAGAUGGAUGGUGAUGAUGACGGCGUUAAAGUUGGAAUGAGCUCUUCCGACCAAUUUUUCAGUGAAGAAAUUAUCGUUGAUGAUGAUGAAACUGAUGAUAAUAAAAACGUCAAGUCAGCGAAUGAUGAUGAUAGCAAUAAAAUUGACGAUGGUGAUGAUUUGAAAUGCGAUGGUGACAGCAAUGAUAUUGUUGUUGAAACUAUAAGCAUAGAAGACGAGGAAGAGAUUUGCGUCAUUGAUAAAUCCGAUGAGGAAGGAGAGGAUGGUGGGGCAUCUGACGAUCGGGUGGAUGAGGAGGUGAAUGAUAAGGAGAUGCUUAGAAAUAAUAUUCUCAGUAGAUUGGAUUUCAUCAAUCCAGAAAGUACUGAUGACGCCAAAAGUAAAAGUUGUGUUGUUGAUACUUAUGACAACAACGGAGAUCACAUUAUUGAUGAUAAGUUGUCAUUUAAAAAUAAGAUUAUUGACAACAGCUGCUGCAUCGGUAACGUUCCAAGCAGCAGCAACAGUUCUUGCAACAACAGCAACACAAACAUCCUUGAAAGUUCAAUCAACCGUGUCAACUUCAAGAAACAGACCAUAGUAAACUUUUUAACAUCCCUCCUGACAACUGUGAAGAAUUCAUCGGAAGCAGACCUGCAAAACAAUUUGAAGCUGGAGGUGAAGAAUGAAAAUCUCACGAUAGAUGGAAACAAAAUCGAAAACGUGAUCGGACUAAAUUUGAACAUUCUUCCUGCAUUGAGAACAUUCAACAAGCUGAUGAUGCUCUGCUCCCGAAAUGCUGUCGACGAUGAGGAGGAUGAGGAGGAAGAAGAGGAGGAGGUAGCAACGACUGCGACUAAAAAUCGCGAGAAUUUCACACCUAACGCAAAGAGACAAAAUCCGUCUGAUUUUACAGCUCCUUGUUCAUCAUUCUCUUUAUCGUCGAUAGCCACUCAGAACAGGAAAAAGUUCAAAACAAGUAAAUCGUUUGAUAUGGAAAAGUCGAAGAGCGCAAACAACAAAGCACAAUUGAAUAAUAAUAAUAAUAAUAAUAAUGUCAUUUAUAAAGCGCCACGGCAAGUGUCUGAGGUGCCAAAUUCAUAUUCUAAAUCUGUGACUUCCAUGGUCAAAGAUGAGAAGGUCAGAGGUUUAGAAGUGAGAAGAACAUCUGAUCGACCCAAAACUGCCACACACAGAUACCUUAUUGAUGACAAUCUUUUUUUCCAAAGUACGUUUCUAGUUUCUUCUGUGCUCAUUACCAUAUGUUGA